CUCAGCUUUACAACCAUGACACCAACAAGUUUCUGUGAGGGUUUGAACAUGAGUACCCAGGCACAUACUUUGACCAAGGCAGAGAUCCCUAGCCAUGUUCUUUACACCGUAGGAACGUGUGUGCUCAUUAUUGGCUCCAUUGGCAUCAUCGGAAACCUCCUAGUCCUCUACGCAUUUUACAGCAACAAGAAGCUGAGGACUUCCCAAAACUACUUUAUAAUGAAUUUAGCUGUGAGUGACUUCCUGAUGUCGGCUUCUCAGGCACCCAUAUGCUUUGUCAACAGCUUGCACAGAGAAUGGAUACUUGGAGACAUAGGCUGUAACUUGUAUGCUUUCUGUGGGGCUCUCUUUGGGAUAACUUCGAUGAUGACUCUGUUGGCCAUCUCUGUUGACCGCUACCUGGUGAUCACAAAGCCCCUGCAGUCCAUCCAGUGGACUUCCAAGAGACGCACCAUGCAGAUCAUCGCCGCCGUGUGGCUCUACUCACUGGGAUGGAGCAUGGCUCCGCUCCUCGGCUGGAGUUCCUAUGUGCCUGAGGGCUUGAUGAUAUCCUGCACAUGGGACUAUGUAACCUACUCCCCUGCAAACAGAAGCUACACCAUGAUUUUAUGCUGCUGUGUGUUUUUUAUCCCCCUGGUAAUAAUAUUCCACUGCUAUUUAUCGAUGUUCCUGGCCAUAAGGCGUACUGGCAGAGAUGUUCAAAAGCUGGGGUCCUGCAGCCGGAAAUCCUACCUCUCUCAGUCCAUUAAGAAUGAGUGGAAGCUGGCAAAAAUUGCUUUUGUGGUCAUCAUUGUGUUUGUCUUGUCCUGGUCUCCAUAUGCUUGUGUCACCUUGAUUGCCUGGGCAGGUCGAGGUAACAUCCUAACACCAUAUGCCAAAUCUGUGCCAGCAGUUAUUGCCAAAUCUUCUGCAAUCUACAACCCCAUCAUAUAUGCAAUAAUUCACCCAAGAUACAGAAAAACCAUCCACAAAGCUGUUCCCUGCUUGAGGUUCCUGAUACGAAUAUCAAAGAAUGACCUCCUGAGGGGAUCCAUAAAUGAGUCAUCGUUCAGGACCUCUCUCUGCAGCCACCACUCUCUUGCUGGCAGGACCAAGAGCACUUGUGUUUCCUCUGUUUCUACUGGAGAAGCUAUCUGGAGCAAUGUAGAGCUCGACCCUGUGGAGCCAGCUCAAGAGAAACUGAAGCCUCGCCGAAGUAAUUCUUUCUCCACGAGUCUGAGACAAGAGAAGAGAGACCUGCUCCCAAAGACCUGCAGCUGCGAUGCAGUCACUGCCCAAAAGGUUUCACUCUCCUCGAGCUGUUUGGAGAAGGUGCUUGGGCAGCCUGUCCUACCUGGUCCCUCUGCAGCACUCAUGACCAGCUCCCUGAGAGCAACUUCUCUGCCUGUCAGAUUGAAUAGCAGCAGUGUCACCAGUGGAGACUCAAGUACCUCCCAUAUGGCAGCUCAAGGAAGUCAAGUGAAUGGAGUUGUGGAGUCUCUCAUUAGCAAUGCAGUCCCUCGCAUCAUCAUCAUUCCUACCUCAGAGACCAAUCUGUUUCGGGAAGAACUGGAAGAGGAAGAGACUGAAUUAUUCCAAUUUCAUGACAAAAAGGGAAAUCUGCUGGAUUUGGAAGGGCUUAGCUCAUCCAUGGAGUUCCUUGAAGCUGUUGAGAAAUUUCUAUCAUAACUUUGUCAAAAGAAAACUUUCUGGUAAUUAUUUUCUUGGCAUCUUCUCCACUUAAUUAUACCAAAUAACUGAAGCCUUUUAGGUUAGGUCAUCAGAUUUUUUGUAUGUUUAUACAGUAAUCACUAGGCAGCCUUCAGAUUUAUCUUUGUCCAAACCAGCUCAGGCAUGGAAACAGGCUUUCUUUCAGAUUGUGCUGCAGGAAAUGAGCAGUGGAAGAUCUGGCAGCACGAUCGAGUGGCAUUGGUCAAGGAGGCCGCCUGAUCUGUUGCCACUGAUGGGGGUGCCAGCAGAAGGGAAAAUGACUGACUGAGAGCAGGGUCAGCUGCUGAAUGCUUCUGCUAUCUGCACAUGGAACAGCAUUCCUGUUUUGGCAGCUCUGCUCUGGACAGCGAUGGGAAGCACCGCAAGACCGCAGCUUCCAGCAGCCCCAGCAGUAAGGCAGAUGGCUACAUGACCUCAACUAGAGUUUAA